AUGCCACGGAUCACAACACUGGCCACAACACCAGCCACAACACCGUCUCAGAGCAGGGCUGCCACUGUCUUUGAAAUAGAAGGUGAGGACGAACAGCUGCGAGACAAUUUCAGUCAUCAUCUGAAGAUGCCAGGUCGUCCCACUAAAUCCUGUGUAGCAGAUUAUCCUUUGUUUAGACACAGAGAAAGCUUAACAUUUACCUUCUUUGAGAUGGAGAACCCUGAGCAUGAUGAUGAUGGCACCAAGCUUGUCAAAUGUGACAUGGUCUGUGCCUUCUGUCUUGCAAGUAAAAUGCCCAAGCCUACAACAUGGAAGUGGAAUGCCGAAAAAGGGAAGGGGUCUACAGGUAAUUUCAACAACCACUUCGGCAGCCGUCAUCACAAUGUUUGGACUGCAUGUACCGCUGAAGAUACCACUGCUAGGUUUCCAAACUGGACCCAACCUCAGAGUGAACCGGAACAGUCCACUCUUCACUCCUGGAGUGGUUCGGCAUUUGACAUCGGGCUUGCAAACCGUUUGAAAGCAGAAUGGAUUGUGACCUGA